AUGGAUAGAAAAAAUUGUUCCAUCACUGAAUUUAUUUUCUUAGGGAUUACUAACAACCCAGAGAACAAAGUCAUCCUAUUCAUCACAUUUCUAGCAAUCUAUCUCAUCAGUCUUCUGGCAAACCUCGGAAUGGUCACUUUAAUCAGAAUGGAUCCCCAGCUGCACACACCCAUGUACUUUUUCCUCAGCCACCUCUCUCUGUGCGACCUCUGCUAUUCCACAGCUGUUGGACCCAAGAUGUUGGUGGAUGUCUUUGCCAAGCAUAAGUCAAUCCCCUUCUUUGGCUGUGCCCUGCAGUUCUUGGUCUUCUGUAUCUUUGCAGAUGCAGAAUGUGUACUGCUGGCUGUCAUGGCCUUUGACAGGUACAAGGCCAUUAACAACCCCUUGCUCUACACAGUCAACAUGAACAGCGGAGUAUGUUACCGUCUCAUGGCUGGGGUUUACCUGGUGGGACUGACAGAUGCUUUGAUACACACAGUCCUGGUGUUCCGCUUGUGUUUCUGUGGAUCCAAGGAGAUUAACCAUUUCUUCUGUGACUUGCAUCCACUUUACCUUCUUUCCUGCUCUGAUAUACAGGUCAAUGAGUUGGCAGUAUUUGUCAUUUUUGGUUUCAUUGAACUGACUACCAUCUCGGGGAUUCUUGUCUCUUACUGUUAUAUCAUCCUAUCAGUUGUUAGAAUCCAGUCUGCUGAGGGAAGGUUCAAAGCUUUCUCCACCUGCACCUCCCACCUCACUGCCGUAGCCAUAUUCCAGGGAACUACCCUCUCCAUAUAUUUCAGACCAAGUUCUUCCUACACAGUUGAUCAAGACAAAAUGUUCUCAUUAUUUUAUAUUCUUGUGAUUCCCAUGUUGAACCCACUGAUUUAUAGCCUACGGAACAAAGAUGUGAAAGGUGCUCUGGAAAAACUGAAAACAAGAUGA